UGAGGUUCGUAGACUUAUCAAACAACAACCUUGUGUCUUUAACGGUCUUUCUGUCAAUGGUGCCAAAUCUACAGAAGCUUGAUUUCUCUUACAAUUCCCUGACAUUCAUCACUGCCGAUGAUCUUAAAAUAAUAGAGUCCAGUGUGAGCGGACGUAACUUCUCAUUUGCCCUGAGAGGAAAUCCCAUCACAUGUUCGUGCAAUAGCCUUGCAUUCAUUUCUUGGCUUUUUAUUACGUCAGAAAGCAAAUUUGACAACGGACGUAAUUACAUAUGUACCGGGACAGACGGAAACCUUACCACGACGCUGGCUGUUCACCAGAAUUACCACAGAUACUGGGUCAGCUGCAUCAGUCCAACUCUUUUCACACUGGCAUUGACUUUACUUUGCCUAAUUAUAAUUGUCUUCCUCUGUUCGUUUGUCGUUGUCAACAAUUGGACUAGGAUACAUCACAAACUUCUACGACUCCUGGGCAGUCCGUACAGACUACCACAACGACGUGAUUUUCCGUUUGCGAUUUACGUCGGCUACUGCGAUAGCGACUAUAUGUUUGUUUAUAGGACCAUAUAUCAAAGCCUGGAGGUCCUCGGCGGUCUGCGACUCUACUUGCAAGAAAGAGAAAUUCUUCCAGGACAUGGUAUUACAGAAGGAAUCAUCGAAGGCAUCAACACCAGCUGGAAGACGUUGCUAAUAGUUACAAGAGAUUUUAUACAGGAUCCUUGCUCCUUCUUGAAGAUAAGAACAUGUGUGUUCGCAGUGUCGGAAGCGACUCCAAGACGAGUGAUUCUUUUAAUAGUCGGAGACGUCUGCGCGGCAGACAUUCCAGGUGAAAUUCUCACUGUUGUCCACGAACAUGAUAUAUUGACCAUUCCAAGUACAGAAGCUUCGGAAGAUGCUUUGGCCAUGAUUACGGACAUGGUAACGAAUGACUCGCACUAAGGAAUGAAAGUUUAAUUUAAUUUUUUUUAACGACACCGCUAGAGCAGAUUGAUUUAUUAAUCAUCGGCUAUUGGAUGUCAAACAUUUGGUAAUUUCGACAUAUAGUCUUAGAUAGUAAACUCGCUACAUGUUUUCAUUAGUAGCAAGGGAUAUUUUAUGGACACCAUCCCACAGACAGGAUAGCACAUACCACGGCCUUUGAUAUACCAGUCGUGGUGUACUGGAUGGAGCGAAAAAUCACUAAGGAAUGGAUGAAGGAAGGAAGGAAAUGUUUUAUUUAACGACACACUCAACACAUUUU